AUUUCAAAUUCAAAACGGGUAUACAUUUCAUCUGUGCACAAAAUGGCUGUUUUGAAAGAAUGAAACCAACAAACCUUGGUUGUCUUUCGCACACAAAAUUCAAUUUCAUGAAAAUUUACUCUAAAUGAAUGACUUUUGCUGUUUCCUUUCACCUUGGCUAGUUCCACUCAUAUCAUUUUCACGAGACCAUAUCGGUAUUUUUGAAAUAUUUGUUGCAUUCAAUAGCUUUUUUUCCCUUAAAAUUUAAUUUUUACCUUUUUUUUUUUUUUUCAUACUUUUUUUUUUGUCCCCCCCCUACCAUUUUUAAAAACUAGCCCUUAGAAGCAUCCCCCUCUCUAUGCCUUGAGAGCACGUUUAUGGCCCUUGAGUCGGCCCAACUGCCCGGACGUUAAUUUGUGUUUUGCUGUGUUCACGCUCGAGAGGCCUUCAAUGGGAUGCACUUUUUAUGUGUCAGGCGCACUGCAGAGAAUGUGCCGGAAAUGGUGGACCCAGGUCACGCACGCAGACACAAGCAUGUGCCUGUGUUUACUCUUUAACACUAAAUGGGCAUAGGCUCCUGUACUAUAUCCCCUUGCUGUAUAUGUAUGUAUAUAUACAUAUAUAUGUCUGUGUGUGUGUAGAUGUUUCUUAAUUCAGUAUUUUUUUUAUUAUUUCCAGACUAUUUUUGAACCAAAGAAGACUUUUAAAAAUGUUUGCCCCUAUUUUUUUUUUAUAGCUUAUAGAAGCAUUUCUUUCACGUUAUUUUUAUAUAUUUUUUUGCUGGUGACUUGUAAAAAUGAUUUGAAGUGUAUUUGAAUGUCUCCUUCUCAAAGAGUUCAUCGAGGAAACAAUUUAAGAAGGCGUUACAUUGAACAUAAAGGAAAUCUAUUUUAACUAAAAUUUUAGGGCGAUUUGGGGAAUACGGGACGUUAAAAAUUAAAUAUUUUGGUCAUUUUCUUGUAAAAAGGUUUAUUUCGUGUAGUUCCGCUGACUAGCGAUAGGGGGUGGCAAAGCAUUGGCUGUCUACUAUGGUGAGUCAUCCCUAAAAAUCGGUUGUGGUUUUUCAAAUAGGACCAAUAGUGGCGCUUUAUUCAAUCUAAUAUCCAAUGACAAUAAUGUAAUUUUGUGUUGACAAGCUACAGAGCAAACCACCAGCGCACAACUUUGGCUUGUGUUCCUGUUCCACAUGCAAUAAUGGGGGUCCUUCCUCCCGCUCUCCACGGUGCUGAGACACUUUCUGAGGUCGCUGUCUGCGGUGCUGAUUCAGCGCUAAACAAACCGGAAGUGGUAAAAGGACUGGCAACCAUUCGAAAAACUGUCCAGCUCACGUGUCAUGGUCCACAAAGAUUAGUAUGCAUUGGACAGCAUGAAUAGGGACAGUUACCCUUUCCAGUUUCAACUCGUCUUUUGGCUUUGCCCCCUUAGCAAAAAAAAAAAAAAAAAAAAAAAUCCAAAACAUUCUAUCUUUUUCUUAUUGCUGUUUGUUACUAUAAAACUUUUUUUCACCGAUUUUUGUAUAUAUUUUUCUUAUGCUUUACAAACUUGAAAAUUGUUUUAAAAUUAUUAAUUCUUCCAGCUUUUUCAGACAGUUUUCAUUAACUAUUGGAAGUAUUCUGAUUUUUGUAAAAAAAAAUAAAAUAAAACAUUUUUACCUCAUUUGUGCAUGCUUUAAAAUGGCCAUAAAAUCCGAAAUAUUGUGGCAAUCGUUUUGAUAUUGUCAGAUAUUUAAGUGACCAUAAGUAGAGAUGUCCAGAUACAUUUUGGUGACGAGUGAUUACAGUUUUGUGGCAUUAAGUGACGUUAAGGUUUUUCUAAAUAGUGAGUAUUUCGACUCGCUGGCGGCCCGCCUGGUCUCCAGGAGACUUCAGGGAAACGUCUCCGCAACCGGCGAUUGGCCAUCAAGUUGCCAACGAGAUAUGGGGAAUUAAUGCUAACACACAAUGCAAAGCACCAUAGACGGGCUACCGACAAUAUUGUAGAGUGCUAUUUUUAUUAUUAAAAAAUACACGAACAUUUUGUUUUUUUGCGGCGCCGGAAAAAAUUAAUGACGUUUGCAAUGAAUUCAGUUGGGAAAGAUGACAUGAGAUAAGAACCAUUAUUGAAUUUUUGGUAGCCAUACAUACAGUAAAGUACUUUAUUGAGGUAUUUAUCAGGGCUAAAAGCACAGCAAAGGAAGGGAGCGGAAAGCAAGGGAAAGGAGGAGGGGCAAAAAGAGAGAGACGGAAAGGAGGAGGAGGAUGAGAUGGAGUGAGAGAGCGAGAGAGGGAGGGGCCGAGUCUACCGUGGCGGAAACCCGGACGACGAUGAGCUCGACGUGAAAGCGAGUUCACGAUGCUUUAAAAAAAAAAAAAAAGACAAUCUCUCUCUGUCUAUUUUCUUUUUAUCUUUUUUUUUUCUUUAACCAUCUGACUCAAGGUUUUUCUGUUUUGUUUUUUUUGUUGUUGCUAUCUUUGCUGCUUGUGACGACGACGACGAGGAGGAGACGUGCACGCAGGUGUGAGUGUGUCUGAAGCCCGAAAGGCGGCGGAGCCAGAAUGCCGGAGCAGAGCAACGACUACCGCGUGGUGGUGUUCGGGGCGGGCGGCGUCGGGAAGAGCUCCCUGGUGCUGCGCUUCGUCAAGGGCACCUUCCGCGACACCUACAUCCCCACCGUGGAGGACACGUACCGCCAGGUGAUCAGCUGCGACAAGAGCGUGUGCACGCUGCAGAUCACCGACACCACCGGGAGCCACCAGUUCCCCGCCAUGCAGCGCCUGUCCAUCUCCAAGGGACACGCCUUCAUCCUGGUCUACUCCAUCACCAGCAAGCAGUCGCUGGAGGAGCUCAAGCCCAUCUACCAACAGGUGCUGGCCAUCAAGGGCAACGUGGAGGCCAUCCCCAUCAUGCUGGUCGGCAACAAAAGCGACGAGACCCAGCGAGAGGUGGACACCAAGGACGGCGAGGCGCAGGCCAGCCAGUGGAAGUGCGCCUUUAUGGAGACGUCGGCCAAGACCAACCACAACGUCACCGAGCUCUUCCAGGAGCUCCUCAACCUGGACAAGAAGCGCAACAUGAGCCUCAACAUCGACGGCAAGCGCUCGGGGAAGCAGUCGCGCGCCGAGAGACUGAAGGGCAAGUGCAGCGUCAUGUAAACCGCGACCACGACUCAAACAGGAAUCUCCCGUCAUUCGCAUCCUCCUCCCAAUCACGACUCGGCGGUAGUUUCGUACCGCUGGUCAGAGCGUCCGAAGGGAUCGUCCAAUCCGCCCAACACAUAAACCCAUCGCGUAGACAAGCUAGAUGUAAAAGAACUCGGUUUUCCUGUGAGGUGGGAGAGAAUGAACGCCACACAAGAAGGAUGUAAAUAAAUGCCAUUUACAACCAGAUUCCCAUUCCCCAUACAACAACUCACAGACAACCCAAAACUACGACAAUGUUCUCUAGUCAUUUAUCACCCAAAGUGGUAAACGCACACGCCGCACGACGCAACGAUCCUUUUAAGACUCUCCUGAAAGCGGGAUGGAUUUACGGAACAUCGGGAAACCGGAGCGCUCCAGCGGCCUCGUCUCACCUUGCUUGCUUUUUCCUCGAGACGAACGAUUCAGGGGAAUGAUUAUUGCCAAACUGGUGAGACUCAAAAGGGAAUUUGGGAGUUUUGAAGGUCAAGAAUGUCCAGGGUUUUUUUUUUGGGAUGCUUUAAGUCAAAACACGUACACACACACACACACACACACACACAAAAGAAAAACAAGCACACAUAAGUAUGACAAAAAAAGAUGGAUGUAUAUUUAUUUUGCUGGUGCAACCUGAAUCUGUAAUUUUUUUGUCACUUCCUCCUCUCGCACUCAUCCACAUAUCAUUAGUCUAGUUUACACAGACACCCUGCAAAAUGGCCACUUUCACACCGCGACACGGCAUCCCAUCCUCAGGUCGUGAGAUGACAUCAAUGCGAGCGUCUGGUGUGAAAUAUAAAAUAGUUGUAAUUUAAUUUCACACAGAGAUCCCACAAAUGUGCAACAUCUGAGCCAUAACAGAAGACUCGGCAUUUGUCUGCUUUUACUUUGUACCCAGAAACCCACCAAAUAGGAUUUAAAAAAAAAAAAAAAAAAAAAAAGGAUACUGCCCCAGCAGCGUAUGCUUUCACAGCGCAUCUGUUGUAAUGUAUAAAAUAGUUGUCAGAUAGCGACCGUUGCUUUCGACACAACAGGAUGAGAGGAGUGAGUGCUAAAAUUUCACAUCACACGUAAAAUUAUACGUAACAGAAGACCUGAUCGAGCAUUUUACACAGAACCCAGCGAAAGUGGUAUAGGAAAUUGUCGCAACUGUGUGUGCUUUCACACAGAGAUACAGCAGGGCUUCCAACAAAACGUAAGUGUUCAACUUCACACCCCUGUCCCUGCAUUGUGUAACAUCUUUACACAAGGGCGUUGUUACUGUUUGAGUCUUUUUCAUACUGAGAUCUCGCAAAAUUGCCGCAUCAGAAAUCCAGCAUUUGUCCUCUUUGCCUUUUACACAGAACCUGGCAAAACGUGGGAUAUUACUGCAACAGCAUCUUCUUUUAGAUCAUUAGAUGACAUCAGCGCCAGCGUCUGGUAUGAGGUAUCAAGUAGUUGUCGGACAGGGACAGUUUCUUUCGACACAAUAGGGCGGGAUAAGUGAGUGUCGUGUGUUAAACUUCCCUGUCCCGGAACCCUUACACUCUAACGGCAUCCAUGCUUCUCUUACGGCUCAGAUACUACAUCUGAAGGGGAAAACAAAUCCCCCCAAAACGUUUAUACAGAACCCAGCAAAAGCGGGAUAUUGCCGGAACCUUGUGUGCUGCCUUUCACACGACGAUACGCCAUCCCACCGUCAGAUAAUUAUUUCUCGAAAAUCUGCAAUUGCUUUCGACAUAAGAGAAGUGAGGUGUCGGGUGUUAAACUUCACACCCCUUUUUCCCGGGCAUUGAGGACUACGCUUACACACAGGCGCCGUCCCACCUCUUUUACGGCUCUUGCCUCUUUCUUACAGAGAUCCUGCUAAAAUUCCCACAACAGACGACCCGGCAUUUUACACAGAAAAUUGCUGAGUCGACUUUGGACUCCCAUUUCCGUGUCCAUACCGGCCAAUAGAAGGCAGUGUAAAAGGGGCUGUUGUUAUGAUUAUAUUACCUCACAUGCACUCAAAUGACCCACCGAUGCAAUCAUAGUCCACUCAACACACACACACACAUUGCACUUUACGGCAUGAACACACAUCAUACGCACACAUUCUACAGGCCAACCUUUAUCGCACACAAAAAGCACAAUACUUUUUUACCUUUUUCUACCUUUUUUUUUUUUAGCUUUUUUUUUCUGUUUUUUUUUUUUUUUUUUUUUUUUCCCACCACUCUUUAGUCACCAGUCCCGAGGAACAAUCACGUCCCCCUUCAUCGCCGCUCGCUCUCCAGUCACCGGCACAAUGAGUUUGCGGUUCUGCUGAUCACCAAUGUGUGUGUGUGUGUGUGUGUGUAUAAUAUAUAAAUAUGUAUACACGUAGUUGAAACCAGAAGUUGACAUGCACUAUAUAAAAGACACAUACGCUGUUUUUUUUUUUCCUUACUGUCUGCCUAAACUUUUCCAGUUGUAGGUCUAUUAGAUGACCAAAAUUGUUUAGAUUUUUUAAAAUGCCCUGAAUAAUUAAAUUGUUUUUUUUGUUUGUUUUUUUUUAAAGACAAUUGACCUAAAACAGUAACAUUUUUGUUUGAUUUCAUGUCAGUGAGAAAAUAAAACAGCCCAUGUGUCUGUAUAAGGACACUAAACUGACACACACACACACACACAAAACAUUAAAAAAAAAAAGCACAGCUCUUUUGAGAGCUCUUUACGUGUGCAGCAGAAUCAACAGGAAAGGAGAAAAAAAUGUAACCCACUGGUGAAAACGUCAUCACCGGUGGGAAGGGAAAUGUCACAAUGUACUGUAAUAUAUAUACACUGCUUGCAUAUAUGCGUAUAUAUAACUGUAUUUGUUGCAUCCAAUUGUCAUUUCACUUAAAGAAAUGAUCAUUUCUUUCCUUUGACGUGUUGUAUAUUUUUGCACCACAACGUGAGGUCCUCUUUUAAAGUCUGCAUUAUUAUAAAAGUCUGCAUUGUGAUACCGUAACAGAGCAGGAGUCCCCAAACUUAUCCCGUCAUUUCCGUAACAUAAUAAAACCACCUGACUGAUCAAAAUGAACCUGUGACCCAUUUUGGGCCCACAACGCUCAGUUUGGGAAACCCUGUCAUAGAUGUACUUUUUACUUGUUAGAUAACAGGCAUUCUCAGAUGUACUACCUCCCAACCCCCCCCCCCCCCCCCCUUUUCUUUUAAAAUAUUCACUCAUUAAAAAAAAAAAUUUAAAUAAAAAAAAAUUGGUCACAUCAACGACAAGCGUGUUUAGCGGUGGGAUAUUCAACGAAAAGUAAGGCACUGUAAUUAGUAGGGAAAACAAAUAAGAUUUUUUUUUUUAAUUGUAUCAAUAAAUGUUUACAAAACAAUAUAUAACAAUAUGACACUGAAUCACAAUGUCGAAGCGAAACUAGCAAACUAACUGCUAGUUUGCUUCCCGUUUUGGGGUGUGUGUAGCUUUAAUAUGCGCAUUAGCAAACCUCCCACCGGUGCACUGAGGCGACACUCAUGAUAUAAUAUACCAAUAUUCAGAUAGUGACGUUCUUUUAAUGUUUAAAUUAUCCUUAUCGUGUUUGACUAUUUAACUGUGCCGCUGUGAGUGAUACGCGCGUACACACCUGACGUCGCGCCACACCGUACCAGCUAGCUAGAGGGCGUAUGAAUAAUUGCAAAACGUUUUCGUUUUUUUUUUUUAAUGCUUUAAUGUUUUUGGCUAGGAAGCAUUUAUUUCACCACAAACAAAUUACAGUAUACACAAUGUGCUAAAUCCGCAAUAGGUGAACCGCGAUACAGCGAGGGGAAACUGUACUUCAUUUUCAGUUGCACAUAAUUUAAAAGUGUUGAACUGAUUUUAACCGCGUGCAACCGGCCUGCAUCUUCAAAUCAAGUACAUAUUUUUAAAAAUACGUUUUUCUUUCCGUAAUCCACGAUUCCACGCCAAUAAACUCGUCCGACUUCCUCUCCCUGCUGUCUCUUCCUGUCCUUUUUUCUGCGCUUCUUGUUGGGGACCAAUCGGCAGGAACAGGAAGUCCCGAGCUACAAAUGACGCCUUCCUAUAUUUAUUUCUCUGCUGCGUGUGUGCGCGCUGUUGUUCCACAUUCGAUGCCGUCGUCGGCGUGAGUCACCGACACAAACGUACUAUAAACAUAAACACAGCCGCGUCAAUAAACCCAUUCAUUCCAAUGUUCCUCACAGAGAUCCCUCGUUUUACUUGUAUUUUUUGAAAAGAAAUUUACAAGUGGGUUGCACUUCUCACAGGUCCUUGUAGAUAGCUGUAAAUAAAUAGCGUUCCGAGGAAGGCAGAGACUUAAAAAGGCGCAACCGGGAAAUUCGUACGGAGCCCGGAGAAGGGGGGGGGGGGGGGGAAUGGGAAACGGUACGAUUUUCCUUGGUUUUUUUUUUGGUCCCCCUGGCGUCACACGUUGCCACGGCGACGAGCUGCAGCAGGGGGGAAACCGCGACUCGUCGAUUGUGCUUUUGGGGGGAUC